GAUAUCAGACAGACGGACUCCAGACUGAAGCAGCUAAUCUGAAACCAGACCUCCACCUCUACUACUCUUAGGAUGUUGUGCCCAAGCGUCUUCCAGCCUCUCCCCGUCACCAUGAGGCCUUUCCUGGACAUGCACUGGCCCAUCAGAAGCUUGUGGCCCGAGACCCGGCCCCUAUUCUACCAAAUUGAGCAGGAGAUGAUCCGCCACAUGCAGGAGAUGAGGCAAAGCAUGGAGUACAUGGAGAGGCUCCACCAGAAGAUCUUCGAGGAGAUCGACCAGACCUCAACCUUGACGGGGAUGUUCAAGCCCAUCAGCUUCCAGGAGCUGGGGAAGGACAGCAGCAGCUUUGCCCUCAGCCUAGACACUCAGGAGUUCUCCCCAGAGGAGCUGUCAGUCAAACAGGUGGGCAGGAAGUUGAGGGUGAGCGGCAAGACAGAGAAGAAGAAGGAGGAUGAGAAGGGCUCGUACUCCUACAGGUGUCAGGAGUUCAGGCAGGAGUUCGACCUUCCGAGCGACGUGGACCCCGAGACCGUCACCUGCUCGCUGGUGGGCGGUAGGCUGCAGAUCCAGGCACCCCGGGACAAAGCGGUGACUGACGGGAAGGAGAGGGUCGUCCCCAUCACCUUAACCUCUGCCCCGGCCAUCACCUCCUCCAGCGGGGGGACAGAGGGGAACAGCAUCUCCUCCUCCUCAGAGAGCUGCCCUGCUGAGAAAAACUGAACCAUCUCAUCCAUUCACAUAUCUUCUUUUGGUUGAAAUAUAUCUGAUAGACGGAGGGAACAUGAAUCUGAUUCUUUUGAGUUGCACUUUGAUUUUUAUCAGUUAACUCUUUAUAAUAAACUGUUAAUGUCUCAGAAUUAAGUUUGAGUUAUUUCAGUCACAGGACUUUUUAAUGUCAAAAAACAUGAAAACAUUCUCAAUUUUGUGCAAUAUUUCAAUUUCAACCGUACAAUGUAGCAUAAUGAUGCCCUGUAUUUUACAUUUCUAGCAUUUAUUAUUGUGCUUCAUGCUUAUUAACUAUACAUUUUCUUUUAAAAUGUUGAUCUUGUAUUGUUUUUAAGGUGUAAUAUCUGUUCAGGACUAACUGAGAUUAUCCAGAAAUUAAAUAGUGAUUUUUUGUCAAAAUGGUGAUUUUGUGCUCAUAUUGUUACCUGUGUUGCAAUGAGUACCACAAAGUUAUACUUGAGUAAUAGUAAAAGGUAUGUUAAAAUGUUACUUUGGUAAAAAUGAAAAUCACCCAUAGGAAUAAUACUUGAGUAAAAUGUUCUGUUAUUAAAAAAGUAUAUGAUAUUAAAUGUACUUAGUAUAAAAUAUACAUCUUGGAGUAAAUUAUGAAUAUAGUCAGUGCUGUAAAAGCGCCAAAUAGACAUACUUGAAUAAAAGAUAUCGUGUUGAAAUGUUACUUUCCUACAAAUGAAAGUCACCCAGACAAAGAGUAGCUGAAGUACUAAAGGUAGCUUAUGUUGAACAUAUUUAAGUAUGAAAACUUUUUGUAUGUAUAAUGUAUUACGUAUAACUAUCAUAUGUAUGUAAAAAUAAAAUAAUACAUAUGAUAUAUAGAGUCAUUUGUCUGAUUCAUCUAGUUCAUUUCAGUAAUAUUUACUUGUUUAGAAAAUUUAGAAAAUAGUGUCCUUUUUUCAUAAAAUUGCUACUUAAUUCUCAUAAUAUUAUUACCUUUUCUGAUAAAAUUUAAACUAUAUUCUGAUUUCACUCCUUUAUUCACCAUAAAAUGAUGACUUCAUCCUCAUAAUAAUUUUGUAACAUCAUAACUAAUAAAAAUCCUCCUGUUGGUCUUCUGUUUACUGACAUAAACAACCUGUUACAAUCUUAUACUGUACUGUAAUAGCAUCAGACAAUUUUAAUAACUGAUUCAGUUCCAUGUUAAAGACAAAAAGGAUUUGUCAAUCAAUCUACAGUAAGAGUAAUAGCACAAUCGAAUUCUGUGGUCUGUGUUUUGGCGGUGAUGGGGGGCUUACGGAUAAACCCGCAGUUCUUGGACUUAGGACAUAAAAAACCAGCGAAAUGUUCAUUCAGUCAUGAUCAUUAAUGUAGACCAAGACUUCUAAAAAACAUUCAAAUUAAUUAGUUUCUGACAGACUUGAUGAAAGUGAUGACAAUAAACACAGGACACCAGUUUUCCCUUUCUUUGUAAAAUAAUUCUCAAUAAACUUAAUUUAUUCACAAACUGCUUUUCAAAUUGCCAUGUUGUCAUUGUUCUUUUUUUUUUAAAUCACAUACAAUAAAAAAAUUUCUAAAAGACAAGAGAUGUCCGAGUCUCUCCGCUAACUUUGUACACGACUGCUCCUCCGUUUACAGCUCCCUCCUCUGUCCUGAAGCUUCUGUUAUUUUUAUUUUUUUCAAACACGAUGCGUUCAUCGCCGACACCUCGUCACGCUCAGACAUCAGAUUAGAAAUAUUAAGAAAAAACAGCAGAAAAUAAUUAACAGAGGGACUAAAAAUUUAACAGCUACAGUACACAUUUCCUUUUCUUCUCCGUUAGUUUUGUCUUUUCCUUUUUUCUUUUUAACGUUUUGAUUUACAGAAUAAUAGAAUAUGUUCAGUUAAGGCUUAUGUUGGGUGUUAUGGAGCGAGCAACAGAAACAAACCAACAAACCAGGGGGAUGGGCGGAGGUGUGUGUUUGUGUGUGUGUGUGUGUGUGUGUGUGGACAUGUGUUACAGGGACACUGGGUUAGAACACUGCAUGUAUACAUUAUUAUGGGCACACUGAGUGUUAUGCAGACACGGUUUCUGGUAAACGUAAUGUUUCUUUUUGAAUUAUGUUGUGAAUUUAUGAAAUUGAGUGAACUGAUUUUUGUUUCCUGUUAAUUUUGGUUAGCUACUUUCAAAAAUCUGAUUUAUAUCACAUGCUAACAAUUUGGCUCAUAGCAAACUUUAAUUUCAUCUUAAGGGAGUAGUUCAACAUUCUUUCUUGUGAGAUGUUCAAGGUUUGAAGAUGAACAUCAGUCUCAUGUUUUGUGUUAAAUACAGAACUGGCGUCAGGAUGUGAUUCUUAACAUAAAGAUGGGAAAGGACAAUGACAUAGUUCUGUCAAGUCUCAUGGCUAUAUCUUAAGUUUACAAACACACCUACUAACAGCGCUAAAGUUGAUAAAUUGUCACCCUCUCUUGCUUUGUCAGCGUCAGAAAUUCACAAUGUGUCCGAUUUAAACUUAAAUUUGGAGGCUGACAAUAGAUUUAUAAUGUAACUAGAUAGUGACUGCAAAGAUGUGUUAAAAACAUACAACCUCAAUGGAUCAAAAAUUAGUAACAGAAACUGUCAUUACUGAACAUGUUUUCAGUUUGAGACGUCUUGUUAACAGUUUUACUGAUGUCUCCUUUCUAAUGGUGGCCAAUGGAGAAAAGGUUUUUUGGGCUGCAGGUAUUUUUUUAAAAAUUUUUUUUGGCGCAACAUCACAAUUAGCCACUGAGAUAAACUGGCAGCAGUGGCGCAGAAUCAAAGUCUAAAUGAUAAUCCAUGAGCCUAACUUUCAUCGUUUUUCCCAAUUAUGGUUAUAAGAGGGGGAAGAUCAAAUGUUUACUUGACUCCUGUUGUCCCCAGUCUUUAUGCAAAGCAAAGCUAACAGCGUCCUGACACCACCUUUAAUUAAGAACACAAACAUAAGACUGAUGUCCAUCUGAAUAUCACACUCUGAACUGUUCCCUUAUGGGCGCCAAAUCAGUAACUUGCAAGCUGCUUCUCCGAGUGGCUUUUACCACAAUGACAUGACAUUAGACAGAAAAGAAGAAAUAUUCACACAAACCGAAACGCUGCAUUUUCCGUUCACACAUCAAACAUCCAGAUGAGAUUUAAACCCUCUGAAAUCCAUCAGCCUGCUAACAAAACAAAAAACUUGUCGUUUAUAAAGUGGAUUCAAUGGUCUUUUUUUUUCUCUUUUUUUUUUUUAUA